UGUUUUUAACUCAUUUUGAUAAUCCUAAAUGUUUUUUUUUAUUGUUAUGCUUGAUUAUGAAUCUUUUCUUUAUAAUUUUGUAAAUACGUAUGCAAUAAAACCUUUGAAUUUUGAUUAUGGGAAAAAAGAAUAAUGCUCGUAAACUCCAACUUGUGAUCAAGAAAUAUGAAAAAAAGACAGAGAAGGUUUCAAAGUCGGCCGCAGGAGUUCAGGCAGGUAUCACUAGAAAAAAUGCCGAACGCAUUAUAGAGGAAGAAUUGGAAUUAGCUGUCAAGCGUAAAAAAAUUUCCAACAUGACUAGAAAACAAUUAGAACAUUUUCCCCUUCUCUCAAGAGCAGUUUUCCUGGGAUGUGAUAAAGCUGUUGAUGAUUUACUGAGAAUUGGAGAAAAUGUGAAUGCUCAAACAACCGAUGGGAUCAGUCCUCUUAUUAUUGCAGUAGAAAGAGAGCACUAUAGAAUCAUCCACAAACUUCUGAAGAAAGGAGCUGACGUUACAGCCUGUCGCAAAGAUGGAAGAAAUGCACUGAUGACUGCUGUCUCUAAAAAUGAUGACAGAGCAUUUUCCAUACUGAAAGGACAUCUGGAGAAAACUGGCAAUUUAGAUAUCAAUCAUGCGGAUCAUAAUGGUUUUACACUUCUUACCAUAGCAGCAGAACGAGGUUACCUGGAAUAUACGAAGAUAUUUCUGAAUUUACCAGGGCAACAAGUGGAUAAACAAACCAACGAUGGUAUGACGGCUCUCAUGCUAGCAGUCAUGAGAGGCCAGCAAGAAAUCGUUCGAGAACUGAUUGCUGCUGGAUCAGACAUACUCCUGGAAGAAAAGAGAGGUGCUACAGCUUUAUGCAUGUCCAUCGUGAACAGGCAAACUGCAAUUACCGAUAUGAUGCUUGGAAGAUUGCAUAAGAAAUCAAGAGAUUCAUAUGUCAAGAAUCGAAUCAGUCUGCUGUCCAGACCAAGACUUGGUGAUGAACAACAAAAUUUGCUCUUUUACAAGAAAAUUUUAUUCCCAGUGAUACUAGAAAUAGAAAGAUGUAUGGAGAGUGGGCCUACAUUGCUUCGCAAAUACAAAUUAUUUUCCUGUCUUAUAAAAUGUGCUGAGAAAUUCGAAGGGGAUCAAGAGCUAUUAAUUCAUAUGUUUUCUCUCGUUUCCAUGAUUCUCGCAAAACCAGAAAACAGUUUUUGCUUAGAUGAAGACAUGGCGUACCACUAUGUGCAAGCUAAAGGACUUGAUUACUCUUUAAAGAUCAUGUCAAAACAUCGCUCAAAGAGAGCGUCCGAGGUCAGAGGGGCAGCAUUGUUACCUAUUCAAGCUUCUGUUGAGUGUGAUUCUGUACAAAAGUGGUUAGAGGAAAAUUAUAUCCAAGUUACUCAGCUGCUGAAAGAGUUCAAGACCACAAUGCCACUGAAGUACUGUAUGGAAGAAAAUUUCCAAGCUCGCAUUAUGAAUCAGCGUUUCGAAAACAUUUUGCGAAAAAUCGGUCAAGAAAUGGAAGCCCAUCUGUCGGUAACAUCACCAACAACUUCUAAACAAAAAUCUGGUCUUUAUUAUCUAGACGCAAAAUCCUUGGUUCAGAACAAAAUUUCGUACAGAAAAUACCACAUAAAAUCUGCCCAAAGAAGUACACUGAAUAAAGGUUCAAAAAAGCCGAAUAUACGUUUUAAUCAAACACUUGGUACCUUUCUAGAAGCUGAAUCUACCCAGAAUAGCUCGCCAACAGGAUAUGCGGAUGCUUUGAAGCGAAAUCUGAAUAUCAAAGAAAAUUCUGCUCAGAUUUGCAACAAGGAAUGGGAUGGCAUGGAAGUUCUAAUUUGCCAGCAAAAGGAUAUGGAUACAAGCAUUUUAAACUCAAGUCAAAGUGCUGACCAGUCAAAAAAGUGCAUAAAUCCUCAGAACGAAACGCACUGUGAACAAAAAUUAGAGCCGAACGACAAUAAAUCUACUGAAAAUAAGCUCAACUCUGAACUACCUGAUUACUGUAGUGUAAAACGCAAUGAAAUUAAUUUAAAUACUGCGUCAAAUGGCAUAUGGUUAAAAGUGGCCUUCCUAAUAAGCCCAAUGAACUUUUUGACUUUCUUGGUGAAUACAUACCAUUCCAAUGUUACGAGAGGUUUGCAGUUUUUGUCUUCUCAAGUAACAGAUAACGAAGGAAAAGGAAACAAAUUUAGCAUACGAAAUAUCAAAUCGCAGAGUUUUUCAGAUGACAAAAGUUCUGUUAAAAGCUACCCAUCAUAUGAAAAUGCGACAAAUUCUAUUGUAUCUGCAGAAAAUAAUCCUCAUAAUGAAACGCAGGAUAGUGGAUUUUACAGUCCAUCCGCUUUAGACAAAUUCCCUUCCAUAGAUUGGAGAAUCAAAAAAUGUUUCGAUUGGCUUAAAAGUUUGCCUAAUGAAAUGCCAGACUCAAGUCAUGAAAUAAACUUUUAUAGUAAAUCUGCCACUACUAUAACUCGCGAACUGCGAAAAAGCUUGAGAAGUCGUUAUGCAAGCCCCUGUAAAAAAUGUAUGGAGAGCUAUUCUUUAGAUGUUUCUUCGAUUUACUAUUUCAAACCGGAUUUAAAGUUCACAGAAGUAAAGUCGCAAAACGGUGUAGACUGUACCAACUAUCUUCAAGUGAAAUGUAAACACAAGUCAUGGCUUGUACCUACAUCACGAGAUGAAUGUGAGAAUAUUUGCGAACUUUCAAGCAUGAUGAAGGCAAAGAAUUUCAAACUUAUUUUUCCUAGUAAAAGUGUUUCUAAAAGUAAUCGAAAAGAUGCAUUAGUUUACAAGUCUUUUGAUGAGAAAAGCAUCGUACGCGAAUCGGUAUUCGAAAAAAUAUUUGAAGGUGAGCAUUUCUAUAGUAAAGCAUGUCCUGGUUUUGACUGCACUUUAACAAAUGGUGAGAACUUUACUGGCAAUGAUGAUCGUAUAUCUAAACACACGAUUAAGAAUAUGUCCCAGCAAAGUAACUUGAGUGAAAUCCUGGAAAACAGUCUGGAUAUUAAAACUGGAAAGAACAAAGCUUUGCUUUAUCAUGGAAAAUUAAAAUACAAAGCCUCAGCUGAAAUAUUCAACAUAUUAUUCAGAAUUCCUAAGAUAUCAACUUUUCCAACUAAAUACAAAAUCGAAAGUCCGCAAAAAUUAGUGACACUGUGUUACCGGCAUCUACAAAAACAUCAAACUAGUUCUUAUAACGAUGAAAUAUCUUUUACAGGGAAGAAAUUAAAUUUUAUUAAAAAUUCCAGUGCAGAUUCUCUUUCACACUUCAAAAUCAAGGCAUUUGAAAUUGAACAUCCGCUUGCCGAAUGGGUUAAUUUUCUAAAACUAAUUCGAUGCUCGCGAAUAGAUCCGAAAGAAUGCCGUAGCCCCAUGUAUCCCAACUAUUCAUCAAAAUACCGUUUAGACCUAAUCCCUGAAAUAUUUAUUAGAAUUGAGCAGUACAGGAAGAAAUCCAAAAGAAUUUCAAAAGGCAGCCUUUUUAGGUGUACUGAGAAAGUUUCUCCUUAUAGAUUCGUAACAGCAAAAGAUGAUCCUAUAGAGUCUCUUGGAACGAAUUUCACAAAAACGAACUCCUGUUUGUAUAAUGGCGACAUCUUUUCUGGUGGAUAUUUAAACAAUAACAUCAAGUGUGGUGAAAAAAGCAAGUGGUAUUUCCCUCUACAUACUAUUCGCUGCUGUGUUCCUUUAUCUCAUUAUCUUUCUGAGGCAUGUAAUAUGAACAAGGAUCAGUGCUUAUGCUGUGCUCCGAAGUACUUGAAUGGUUUGGAAACAAGUGCAGGAACUGUAGUUUUCAGCACCAAAAUGGAACAUACUCUGUGCGAGGGAAACUAUGGAACGUACAUUGGUUUGUUACAGAAAAGUGGCAUCCCCGUUGUGGUUCGUCAGACAAAGAUGAGGAAUGAAAUAUCCGCAGACCCAAAGCAGAUGACAGCAUUACAACACCAGAAUUUAGCAAAAUUUUACGCUGUGUGUGCUGAUUACAAAGUUGGAAGGUUUCAUUUUGUGACAGAACUUUGUGAGAUGAAUUUGACAGAGUACUUGAAACAAGCAUCCCGAUGCCGUCAUCCGCAGCAAGCACCUUUCAAUGCAAAACUCAUUGUACUUCAUAUUAUCCGAGCUAUUCGAUUCCUUCAUGAAAAUGACAUCAUUCACGGUUAUUUAAAGCCAUCUAAUAUUAUGGUGAAUCUCGAUGAUACUGUGAAACUGACGGAUUUUUAUCUAUACCCAGUCGCACCUUUGGUAUGGGGAUACAGGAAACCGGAUAUUGGGAACAGAGCAAUUGGAAGUUCCCUCUCUAAUUUUUGCUGGAGACCUCGUGAAUUAAUAGCAGCUGUGAGCGAAGCAGAAGCACGUGGAAGUAUCACUAAAGCCUCGGACAUCCAGCUUCUGGGAAUGGUGAUGUAUUACAUCUUCAGUAACUGCCGGCAUCCAUUUGGAUAUUUAGAGGACCAGUGCCAGGAGAAUAUCAAAAAUGGUCUCUUGUCUUUGGGACCGGAUCCAGCAGACGUUGAAUCCAGGGAUCUCAUUCAGUUAAUGUUAGCAGCGAAGACAGAAGAAAGACCAAAUAUUCAUGAUGUUUAUAAGCAUCCUUACUUUUGGGAUAUGGAAACUCGCUUCGAAUUUCUGCUGGAUAUAGGUAGAAAAAUUCCAUUUUACACAAGCAAGCCAACGAGAGUAGCUGAAAUGCUGAAACAAAGUUGUAUAGAAGCCAUAGACUGGACACUUUACAUCGAGCCUAUGGUAAUGGCGUACAUUAACGCAGCUGCUAGUAAAUUCUUUGUGAAUGGGUUUGAAGAUCUCUUGCAGUUUGCACUGACACUAGAAGCAAAUUUUCCUAUGAU